UACUUUCAUCUGUUCUCAUCUUCGAUUUUGUCUUUUCGGCCUCGCUCGCUGUUUCGGCCGAAGAUUGCAUUGGCUCGAAAUCGCAUAUCCAUCCUCUUUGAGAACAUGAGAUUCCGAAACUGAAGAACUUCACCCUCACCAAUAUCUCCUGGAACUGUUACUUCAAUUUCUUUCAUUUCUUGCCCAUAAUCUCCCUACAGUCAAUUCUCUCCUUCGCCGAGGGGCUAGAAAGAAAAGGGGGGGAAAAGGAAGAAGAGAAGAAGAAGAAGACGACGACGACCUCAUGAGGCCUCAGAAAAAGCCGAUCCACGCCUUGGCAGCAUGGGUGAGGCGGCAACCCCCAAAGGUGAAGGCUUUUCUGGCCGUGGUUUCGGGUAUGGCGGCUCUUGUGUUGCUUCGGUUCAUUGUUCACGAUCAUGAUAAUCUAUUUGUCGCUGCCGAGGCCGUGCACUCCUUAGGAAUUUCAGUCCUCAUUUAUAAGCUUAUGAAGGAGAAGACAUGCGCUGGACUAUCACUCAAAUCUCAGGAGUUAACAGCUAUAUUUUUAGCUGUUAGGCUGUACUGCAGUUUUGUUAUGGAAUAUGAUAUACACACCCUUCUUGACUUAGCUACUUUAGCUACAACAUUGUGGGUUAUAUAUAUGAUUCGUUUCAAACUGAAGUCCAGUUACAUGGAGGAGAAGGAUAACUUUGCAAUAUAUUAUGUGGUGAUUCCAUGUGCUGUGCUUGCGUUGUUGAUUCAUCCAUCAACUUCUCAUCAUUUUGUGAAUCGGAUUUUCUGGGCCUUUUGUGUAUAUCUAGAAGCUGUUUCAGUACUGCCCCAGCUGCGGGUCAUGCAGAACACCAAAAUUGUUGAGCCAUUCACAGCUCAUUAUGUAUUUGCACUGGGUGUUGCAAGAUUCCUGAGCUGUGCUCAUUGGGUUCUUCAGGUCUUGGAUAGUCGUGGACAGUUGUUGGUUGCCCUGGGCUAUGGUUUAUGGCCAUCAAUGGUUCUUAUUUCUGAAAUUGUUCAGACUUUCAUCUUAGCAGAUUUCUGUUACUACUAUGUCAAAAGUGUAUUUGGGGGUCAGCUUGUGCUGCGUCUUCCUUCUGGAGUGGUGUGAUUGAAAAUCUGCUUCAGUGCAAGCUCCUACUGAACUUUAAUCAGGCGUUAUGGGUUGGUCAUCCUCUUUGGAAUCCUUUUUGUGUCGAUACACCAUUUUGGACCCUGGGAAGAAGCUGGUUGUUUGCGGAAUUGGGCAUGUUAAGAUAAACUAAUAUAUUUAUGCAUGUAGUAGGGUAUGAUUAACUCUAAUAUAUGAAUUAUCACUUCUUACUUAGGUCCUUGGAAAUGGAUUUCACUUUUCAGUUCUUAUA